UAUAUAUGCUUGACUUGUGAGUACGUAGACCACAACAGCCUAGCUAGCCAAGUAAGAAACACAGACCAAGAAAGCUUAGCUCUUCCAUUGAAAGUCAUUUAAGUCCCCCUAGAAGCAAGUCCUCUUACAAUUCUACAUUCUUGCAAAACCCAUCUGGCUUAGAGAACCGUAAUACUGUCCCAACCUCCUAGUUUCCAUAAUUUUUUCCAAGUAUUGUCCAAAAUGGCAAAUGCAAAGCAAGUGUCAGGGAAACUGGAAUGGCGGAUCAAUGUACCUGAUGGGACAUCGAACGUGAUAGUCCCAGAAUCUGAUCAGCUAGUGAACAAGGCAUGGUUGUGGUUAAAAGGUCUGCUUUGUGGACUAGUUUUGAAAAUUUGGAGGUUCUUAUACAAGGCUUGGAAUUUAGGAGUUGCUGAACCUAAAAAGGUCAUCCAUGGUGUCAAAGUAGGAUUGUCCCUUUUGCUUGUAUCAUUUUUUUACUAUAUGAGGCCUUUGUAUGAAGGUGUUGGAGGGAAUGCUAUGUGGGCAGUUAUGACUGUUGUCGUUGUUUUUGAAUCGACAGUGGGUGCUACACUCUGUAAAUGCAUUAAUAGAGCAACAGGGACUUUUCUUGCUGGAUCUCUUGCUUUAGGUGUUCAGUGGAUUGCAAACAAGUCGGGGGAAACUUUUGAACCCAUAAUUAUUGGAAUUUCGGUUUUCCUUCUAGCUUCAGCAACAACUUUCUCUCGAUUUAUUCCAUCUGUGAAAACCCGAUUUGACUAUGGUGCCAUGAUCUUCAUCCUCACCUUCAGCUUAGUUACAGUUUCCGGCUACCGAGUGGACAGAUUGUUUGAGCUGGCGUACCAAAGAUUGUCGACAGUUGCCAUUGGGACAUCUUUAUGCAUUUUUAUAACCAUGGUCUUCUGUCCUAUUUGGGCUGGCAGUGGGCUACACGAUUUGAUUGUUUGUAACCUGGAAAAACUUGCUGACUCCCUGGACGGAUGUGUAGGCGAAUGCUUCAAAGAUAAUAAAACUAAGUUUGGAACUGAGGAAGGUCCUAGUAAGAGAAUGCAAGGCUACAAAUGUGUGCUUAAUUCUAAGGCAACUGAAGAAGUCAUGGCCAAUUUUGCAAGAUGGGAACCUGCACAUGGCAGAUUCAACUUCCGACAUCCAUGGAAACAAUACCUCAAGAUUGGCGCAUCAAUGCGUAACUGUGCUUAUUGCAUUGAGGCUCUCAACAGUUGCAUAAACUCAGAAAUUCAGGCACCAGACUACCUAAAGAAACAUCUCAGUGAUGUAUGCAUGCUAUUGAGCACCAAUUCUUCAGAGGUCCUGAAAGAAUUGGUCAUUAUAAUGAAAACUCUCACCAAAUCAUCCAAGAUAGAAUUAUUAAUUGGAGAGAUGAACUUUGCUGUACAAAAACUUCAGGACUCCUUGAACUCUGUUCCUAAUUCUUUCAUUGGACCCACAGUGUCAACACUACAAGCUCCCAAUGAGGCCAACAGAGAAACUAUCCCAAAAACUGCCAUACCAUCUCUCAUGGAUGUUUUCCCAAUGGCCAGUUUAGUAUAUUUGCUGAUUCAGAUUGCUGCAAGAAUUGAAGGAAUUGCCGAUGCAGUAGACCAGUUAGCAGGCCUGGCAGAAUUCAAGCUUGCAAAGGAUGAAAAUUCCAAACAAAAGAAACCCACUAACAAGUCCACCUCAGAUAAACAAGAUCAUGAAGCCAUGAAGACCUCACCAAAGGUCUGAGUCAUCAGGAUUUACUGGAAUACUAGAAUAACUAAACUAAACAUACAAUUUAUUAAGUAUAAUUUUUUUUGGGU